UGUUGUGAUCCUCCAGCUGUAUGAGACAGGUGCGUGCAGAAAAACACAGGGUUUAGACUCGAGAGAGAGUAUAUGACGCUCAGUGUUUCUCACUUCAAUCCUGAUUUCUUUCAUGUAGUUGGUGAGAAAGGACGGCUCGCCGCGCGCGCUCUUGCUUUCUUGGUGUGAUUGUUUCCGUGAGUGUGUCACCACUGCCGUGCAUGGUCGCACGGUGCGCUUAAAUAUUUGAGAUGAAGGGAACUUAUUGGAGAAAUGCCUAAGGGACGCAAUGGGCCUGAGCGACGACACGGAUCGCAUUGUGAUAAACGUGGGAGGGAUCAGACAUCAGACAUACCGCAGCACCCUGCGCACUGUACCUGGCACACGCUUGUCCUGGCUGGCCGAACCUGAUGCACCCAACCAUUUUGACUAUGACGCCAAGAUCGACGAGUUUUUCUUCGACCGCCACCCUGGCGUCUUUUCACACAUCCUUAAUUACUACAGGACAGGUAAACUGCACUGCCCAGCUGAUGUCUGCGGGCCCCUCUAUGAGGAAGAACUGGCCUUCUGGGGUAUUGAUGAGACUGACGUGGAGCCAUGCUGCUGGAUGACAUAUCGCCAGCACCGGGAGGCAGAGGAGGCCCUUGAUAGUUUCGGCGGGGGGGGUCUGUUAAACCUGGGGAACGACGACGCAGAGCCAGAGCAUGAGCAUGCUGAGGAUGAUGUGGAUGAGAUGACACGGAGGCUGGCGCAGGGAGACUCCGCUGACAGCAGGAGGGGCCUGUGGAGCCGGUGGCAGAAACAUGUGUGGGCCCUGUUUGAGGACCCCUACUCCUCUAAAUAUGCAAGGUGGAUAGCUCUGGCCUCGCUGUUCUUUAUUCUGGUGUCCAUCACCACCUUCUGUCUGGAGACCCAUGAGGCCUUCAACCCCAUUAUCAAUCGCACAGAGGUGGAGAUAGUGGACAACGUCACGGUGGAGCACAUCUACCAAGAGACUGAGACUGCGGCCUACCUCACCUACAUAGAGGGUGUCUGUGUAGUGUGGUUCACUUUUGAAUUUCUAAUGCGAAUAACUUUCUGCCCCAAUAAGUUUGACUUCAUUCGGAACGCCCUGAACAUCAUCGACUUUGUGGCCAUCCUGCCCUUCUACCUGGAGGUGGGUCUCAGUGGGCUCUCCUCCAAGGCAGCUAAGGAUGUGCUGGGAUUCCUAAGAGUCGUGCGCUUUGUGAGGAUCCUGCGUAUCUUCAAACUGACACGUCACUUUGUGGGCCUGCGUGUGCUGGGCCACACAUUAAGAGCCAGUACGAACGAGUUCCUGCUCCUCAUCAUCUUCCUCGCACUCGGUGUGCUCAUCUUUGCAACCAUGAUCUACUACGCUGAACGGAUAGGCGCAAACCCCAACGACCCUCGAGCCAGUGAUCACACGCACUUCAGGAACAUCCCAGUUGGAUUUUGGUGGGCUGUGGUAACCAUGACGACCCUCGGCUACGGGGACAUGUACCCUCAGACGACCUCUGGUAUGCUCGUCGGAGCCCUCUGUGCCCUGGCAGGUGUGCUCACCAUUGCCAUGCCCGUCCCCGUGAUUGUCAACAACUUUGGAAUGUAUUACUCGCUGGCCAUGGCAAAACAGAAACUACCAAAGAAAAAGAAUAGGCAUAUCCCUCGUGCUCCUCAACCAGGUUCUCCUAACUUCUGCAAGUCAAGCAUCAGCUCCCAACAUCAGAGCCCCAUUGCCCAUGACGACGUUUUUGAGAUAAAGUUUCAAGACUCCAAGCUGAACGGUGAGGCAGCUAACGCAGCUCUGGCCAACGAAGACUGUCCGCAUAUAGACCAGGCAAUAUCUCCAGAGGAAAUCUUCAGCCCCAGUGAGAGAGAGCGGCCCUGCUUCCUGGUCACCACUGCUGAACGCCCCAACCACACAGGGGGCAGAGUGAGGAGGGGUUAUGAAAAGCCUUGGAGCCUUAACAGCAUGUCUGGCAUGAGCGGGGAUGCCUCUGGAGUGUCCUCAGUGUCCGCCCUGCCCUGCAGCCCACCCUGUCUAAUGCAGCACUCACAUUCUCCCAUCCCAUCCAUUAUGUAGCAUGGUUGAGUAGCAGACACAAUGCCAUUGGAAGGCAAAUCCACACUCCUCCUCCUUAUCUUUUCUUGUCAGAUUUUGUUUUUACACUGCUGCUUUCUUCAUUUUUUUUUUAUUUCUUUAUUUUCUGGAAAAGUGUAUCUUAAUUGUGCUGAUAAUCAAACUUCCCAAGUGUUCUCCUUGGGUGUGUCAUCAUAUCCUAGACAAGAAAACAUUGGCACAUGCCACUCUGCAUGGGUCACCUCAGUUGCAGACAAAGCACUGUUGUAUUUCCACCACAGGCUAACCCCAAUCUUUUCCUGUGUUUACAUCAUUGCCUGUUGCUCUGUUGCUUUUGAUCUCAACACACUUUUCUGCCAGUAACUUUUUUCUCAUCUGCUUUUUACAAUUUUGUGAAAGAAAUUUUCAUAAGAUGUAACCCCUGCUAACAGCCUAACGUGCUGGACAUUUACAAUACAUGGCUUUUUUUUUAACAUUGCCAGCUGUUAAGGGAACUCCUCUAAAGUGCUUUGUACGUUGCAAAGUAGAGACGUUACCAUUCUGAAAGUGCAAUCCACACAAAUUAAAUGUUUCAACAUGAUGUUCACGAUGUCCGAUGCAAUACGGAGAUGAUGACAAUUCCUAUGAUACUAGUGAUGAAAACACCUACUGUCAAAAGAAACUGUUUGUUCAUUUGCAUGACCUGCAUGAAAAAUUAUGUUCAACGAGAAGCUAAUUGUGUUGCAGUACUUGUCAGAAAAAAAUGACAUUUUUUUCUUUAAAAAGCUUCAAAAAGCUUUGUCAUAUUUUAUGCAUUUUCAGACAGCUUUACAAGAGACUCAGUCAUAGCAGAGAUUUUAUGUAGCUGCCAUUUUUUGCCUUUCCCCAAAUUCAUAUAUUUAUUUUGCCUAUUUGACUAAGGAGUAAAAUAGUGUGAUUUAACGAACAAUCUGUCAUAAAAGCCAACUAAUGCUGUCAUGAACAUCACUGGUUUUUAUAUAAAAUAGACUUACUGAUAGUUACAAGUUUAUAAAGUGUCUGUAUACUGUAGUCUGCAGCAACUUUAACAACUGCUGCGAUGCUUAAAUUAAAGCAAAUAUUCAAGGAUUAUUAAAUUGUGCCUUCAUACCCAGUGAGGCAAAGUAAAAGUGAGUAAUGAAUUGACAUGAUAUUACAUAUAGCUCCCAUUGUAGCAUGAAUACACUUUAUACCAUGCUCAUAACAGUGUAAUGAAAGCUUUACUUUACAAGGUUUACACCACCCUCAUACCCUUAAUCACAGUUAGAAAAUGCCCUUUUGGCUUUUAGUGUUACACAAUCCAUAGCAGGACUUGACCUCUGGAGGGUUUAUAACUUCAAGCAAAAAAACUACCUAAAAACACUGAUUUAAUAGCUUAUUACUCAAGAACUUGCAAACAUAAAGCACAACAUUUUACUAAAAGGGGACCAGGCAACUUAACAGGGCCAAAAUAUAUCAAGUUAUUAUGUAUGUCUAUUGGUUUUAAAAAUUACUAAUAUUACUGUUACAUGUAUUGAUACUGUCCCAGUACUUAUGCACAAUUUUUCAGGGCACUUUACUAAAUUUUAUGAUGACCAAUCAAAAAAUAAAUUAAACACAUUUAUAGAAGAAGAAAAAGAAGAUAUAAGUAUAGCAACUCAUCUAAGUUUUGUUUUUAUUCUAAGUGAGCACAGUUUUACGUUUCAAGUUAUGUCUCUUGUGGUAAUUGAUGGACGUUAUAUAUUGAAGAAAACAAACAAAAUAAAAACAACUUGUGAAGAUUUGAUGUGAAGAGAUACAGGUGAAUUAUAUGCUCAUGCAAUUCAAGUGAGAAAAAAAAAACCAACAACAACAAAACAACAACAACAAAACACCAGUAUGGGAUGUGGGUCUACUUGGGGAAAGGUAAAUGCAUGUAUUUUACAGUUAUGCAAAAGAAAAGUAUUCAAGUAAAAUAUGUAAAUACAAGUCCUUGCAUGAAAUAAAUUUUAUACACAACAA